AUGAGCUCCCUCCGUUUCGCUCGCUCUGCCCUCAGGGCUCGCCCUGCUGCUUUCCGCGUACCUCUCCAGCGCCGCGGUUACGCUGAGGCCGUCUCCGACAAGAUCAAGCUCUCCCUGGUUCUCCCUCACCAGACCAUCUUCCGAUCGACCGGCGUUGUUCAGGUUAACAUCCCCGCCGAGUCCGGAGAGAUGGGUGUCCUCGCCAACCACGUUCCCUCCAUUGAGCAGCUCAAGCCCGGUCUUGUUGAGAUCGUUGAGGAGGGUGGUGCCAACAAGAAGUUCUUCCUUUCUGGCGGUUUCGCUGUUGUCCAGCCGAACUCUGAGCUCAGCAUCAACGCCGUUGAGGGUUUCCCUCUUGAGGACUUCAGCGCCGAGAACGUCCGCGCCCAGAUCGCCGAGGCCCAGAAGAUUGCGAGCGGCAGCGGCAGCGAGCAGGACAUCGCUGAGGCCAAGAUUGAGCUGGAAGUGCUCGAGACCCUGCAGGCUUCUCUGAAAUAG